AUGCCAGCAACACCAUUCCAGGUUGAAGCGUGGACAGAGUAUGCCAUUGGAACUCUGAUUAUUCUCGCGCGCAUUGCCGUUAGAUGUUCGAUAGUUGGCUGGGACUGGGAGGGAGAUGAUUACUUUGCCGUGAUUGCCAUUUUCUUUUGGACCGGAGAGCUGUGCAUGCUUGAGCUGAUAGGCCAAUAUGGUUCGAUUACCGGUAUCAACGACGAGAUAGCCCUCAGCUUGACGCCAGAAGAAACGAGACGAAUCGUCAUCGGCAGCAAAUGCUUAUUCGCCGGAUGGAUUCUAUAUGUAACGAUGAUUUGGUGCUUAAAGUCAUGCAUGCUCUUCCUCUUUCGGAGAUUGACGCUUGAUUUACGACAAAUGCAACUUGUUAACAUCACUUCGGGAAUUUGCGUUGCGGGCUAUGUGUCAACAGUCAUCGUAAUGUUGACGAAGUGCUUGCCUAUUCACAAGAAUUGGCAAGUAUAUCCUUAUCCAGGAGAUGCUUGCGCUUUGAACAUUCCAAACUACCUGGCACUGGUCGUUACCAACGUUACGACCGAUCUGAUGAUAUUGACCAUCCCACUCCCACUGCUCUGGAGAGUGCAAAUGCCCCUGAUGCGGAAAAUCCUUUGUGCGCUUUGGUUGUGCAUGGGCAUUUUUAUCAUUAUUGCGACACUCUUGCGGUGUAUUCUCUGCUUAAAAGAUGUGUCGUCCAUCAACCUCGGAACCAUCUGGUCAAUCCGAGAGACAUUCGUCGCCAUUAUCGCCGUAAACGCACCGAUCCUUGGCCCGUGGAUGACAAAGAAGGCUUCCGUGAUUUCAUCUCGUGGCUCAAAGAGUAAGAGUAACCAGUCUGGUGAAACAGGCUCAGGACCCGGGCUCGUCACGAUUGGGCAGCAGAGUAACCGCCUGGAGAGACUAGGAAAAGAUGGGCGAGCGCACAAGACUGGCUGGACGACGAUUGAUGACGGCAGUGAAGAGCACAUUGUUGGCCAAGAUGCCGACGCAGCGAGUCGGGAUGCGGAGUCUCGAGGCUAUGAGUCUCGAUAG